UUGACAUGGCGUCACAGGAUGUCCCGGGACCUAAGGGAGGACCACGCCCCAUGCCACGCCCCAUGCCAUCGGACACCCCGAGACGAGUGAAGCACAGCCUGUCGCCUGGAGACCACAUUUACUGCGAUAGAGACAGCGCAGCAGACCUCUACAGUCACCAUGGGAUUUACGUUGGCGACGGUAAUGUCAUCCACUUUGCGAGUGACUCGAGUCCGGCAGGAUACCCAAGGAAAGACUCGAUCAAUUCCAGAUUCAUACGAAUAAUGCGCGGAACCCUCUCAGAUUUCACGGGAAGUGACACUCUUGAGAUUGUAGAGUACAACUCUGACAUCUCUGUCAAAGAGAGAGCAGAAUCGGAGAUUGGCAGCUGUCACAGAGUCGACGCUAUGCCUCCCGAUGAGACGCUGAAGGUGGCAGAGUAUUUCGUCGAAAGAUCCGACUUGUGGGACUUGUACAAUUUGUACAGCAACAAUUGCGAAAAUUUCGCCUGUUUUUGCAAGACGGGACUUCUGGACAUAGCGUCUCAGCUUCACCCGGAGUCAGCGAUAAUGGAAACCAUCGAGACUCCGUGCACAUCGGCCGAUGAAGCUAUAAAAAGAUAUUUGAAAAACCAUCAGAAGAAUUCUCUUCAAUGUACCCUCCCGAUACUCCCUCUCCCUUUCCCGAAACCUCCCCUUCCCAUUCCAGUGGACCCCUUCCCGAACCCUCUAAUUCCCGUUCCGGUGGACCCCUUCCCGAACCCUCUAAUUCCCGUUCCGGUGGACCCCUUCCCAAAGCCCACCCCACACGAUGCUUUAACUGUACUCGGUGGUGCUGUCAGAGAGGUAGUGAUGGAGGGAUCGUGGCCCAGUAGGCAGAGACGAUGGAAGGUCCUGCGCAUCGUCGUGACUACGUGUUUCUACCUCCUGAGGUUCCGUCACCCUGCCGACAGCGAGGAGGACGAGUGGGGAGGUCAUCUCGGGCGUGCUGACUUCCGCAUCCUGUCCCGGACCGGUUCCGUCUCCAGCCGCAAGUCUCUGAGUGCUCUGGACGUGGGACUGGGGGAGGAAGACGACUCGGGGGAGGAGCCCCUGUCCUCGUUCCAGUCCAGGAAGAAGGCGCGAGGCCCGCAGCAGCUUCAGUCGGGACAUGUCUACAAACUCUCCACCGGCAUGGCUCAGGGCAGUGGAGACUAUCUGGUGAGGGGAGACUCUUCCUACAUGUUGGACAAGAGCCCGAGAUGGUCCUCGGAGCAAGAUCACCAAUCUCCCUCCCCUCACACCCUCACCAACGGCCUCCUCCCCUCCUCCUCCUCCUCCACCUACACCAACAAACCAGUGUAUCAGGGGUCAUCGACCUCUGUUAGGAGAAUGAGUCUCUCCAGUGACCACACCCCCUCCCUUCCCCCGGGACUCCAUUUAGAGCUCACCUCCUGCACCCAAUGUCCGCACUGUCAUCGUCUCCUUUAUGACGAGGUGAUAAUGGCGAACUGGAGCGAGAGUGAAGCCGACUACAAGACCAGGUGUCCCUACUGCGGAUCCUACCUCGUAGCCUCACUCACCAUCAUCAAGAAACAGCGGUUGCCUUAUUCGGAAGAAGAAGGUGGUAAAAGCAAGAAGAAGCCCCACAGUUCCAUCGCUGAAGAAGAAGAAGAGGGAGAGGGAGGAAGAGAAGAAGAGGACACCGCCGAUGGUGGACAAGAAGACGGAGUGUCGGGGAAAAGAGACAAGUUCAAAGAACCAGGUGUCUGGACCAUGUCACUGGACAGACGAAACCCUCUUUCUCCUCAAAAAAAGAGAGUCGAAGUCAACGAUUCUCUGGCCGAGAAUGGAGAGAGGAGACACAGUUUGGGAGUGACCACGUCCCCAGUACCGACCCCACACCACGUAGAAUGAGGGGCGGGGCCAGGAACGAGGGGAGGGAGGAGACAGAUCGACCUUUGUCCUCGUCAGAGAGCAGUCACAGUCGUGGCUUGGUGGCGGCAGGGAGAGAGGGAGGAGGGAGAGAGGAAAGGGGUGUGAUCAGCAGCAGGAAGCCUCCUCUACCUCCAGGGGUGAGGGAGAGCAGAAGAGACCAUGAUAAACAACAACAACAACAACAACAACAAAAGGAGUGCCAACAAACAAAGAGUGUGGAGACUGUGCUCUUGAAGGAAGAAGCGGGGAGGGAGGAAGUGAGGGAGGGAGGGAGGAGCCACCAGCUAAGCGAGGACACCACCAGGAGAUACGUGGCCCAGAUGAAGGCCCGGGGGCACAAGAGAGCGUCCAGUGCCCCUAUACCGUACCAGCCCCCUGCUCCCCCUCCCCCUUCCUCUUCAGACCUUCCCCUCGCACCCCACAUUGAAGUCAGAGAAGCCACCGAGGACAAUAGAACAACUCACGUCGAGAGGGUGAGGGAGAGGGAGGAGCCGGAGGUGGUAGUGCCGUAUCUGAGUCCCGUGGUCCUCCGAAAGGAACUGGAGACAAUCAUCUCUCAAGAUGGCGGGGACAUCCUCUCCAGAGAGGAACUGGCCACCAGCAGUCCGUCGGUGUACUGGAACCUGGUGUGGUACUUCUCCCGUCUCCAGCUGCCCACCUACCUCCCUCUCCUCACUCUCUGGAACUUCACUCGCACACACAGGGAGCUCAGGAAGCAAUCAGUGCAGAUGAAGGUAGACCUGAUGUGGGAUAAGAGAUACCCUGGCACCCCUGACCCUCUCUACCUCAUGUGGCUCGGAAAAGUGCCUCGUGUGAUGCAGCUGCCUUCCAGUCCCGGGCUAACGCGGAGUGACUCAGCCACCCAGCUGCAGAGCCUGGUGGCCAAGACACAAUGGGGUCAGCUGACCUCAGUACUCCACAGUCUCCUAGAGGACAGACAGAGUACCCCGCCCUCCGACUCACAGGGUACCCCACCCCCUGCCGAACUUAAGCCACGCCCACAUCGCAGCGUCUACCGAGAAACUCUCUUCUUCAAGGCUGCCAUUAUGGGCAGCAUCAAUGUCGAUCAGUUUGACCAGGAGUUCCGGCAAGCUGUUCAGCGCCUCCCUCGCCCCCUUACCGCUCUCCUGACCUCUGAUGACCUUCCACCCUCUCCCCGGGCCCGCCACUGCCGGACCGACUUCGGUUCUCUCCAGGUCACAUGACCUGCUUUUAUUAUCACAUGACACGGGUUUUGAUAUUACAUGUAUCUUGUAACAGUCACAAUACCAAUCAGUACUAUUAACCACUUUGUGUUGGAUAUGUUCGAAUGGAUUGUUCGCUUGGAGGUUC